GAGCUGCGGCCGAGUCUGGUGGCUGGAGGAGACGCCGGCGCUGGAGAGUGCGCUGCGCCGCCGGCCGCUGAGGGACCGCAGGGCCUGCCGCUGCUGGCCGCUUUCAGCCUUCGCCGAGAGGAAGCGCCAAGUGCGACGGUCUCAAAUCCAGCCUUCCCGUUUUGGCAGGGGCGACCGUUGGUCCUGUUGGGGAGAACUGACGGGAUCAAGACUUUGUACUCUGACCUUCUCUGACCCUUGACCUUGGUAGAUCAGUAUUACCUACGAGUCCUGCAAAAAAAGUCCAGGUGUGGAAAUUAAAACGACAAAUAUUUUGGGGGCUUUGAUCAAACAAAUGCUAAAAAGACACAUAAAGAAGACCCCUAUCAAUCAUUUCUCAACAGUUAUAUAGUCAACUGAUGUAACAAUGGUACUAAUAUUGGGACGCAGACUAAACAGAGAGGAUCUUGGGGUGCGUGAUUCCCCAGCAACUAAGCGUAAAGUUUUUGAAAUGGACCCUAAAUCUCUGACAGGUCAUGAGUUUUUUGACUUCUCUUCAGGAUCAUCCCAUGCUGAAAACAUACUUCAGAUAUUUAAUGAGUUCCGAGACAGCCGCUUAUUCACAGAUGUUAUCAUUUGUGUGGAAGGAAAAGAGUUUCCUUGCCAUAGAGCUGUUCUUUCAGCCUGUAGCAGCUACUUCAGAGCUAUGUUUUGUAAUGACCACAGGGAAAGCCGAGAAAUGUUGGUUGAGAUCAAUGGUAUUUUAGCUGAAGCUAUGGAAUGUUUUUUGCAGUAUGUUUAUACUGGAAAGGUGAAGAUCACUACAGAGAAUGUUCAGUAUCUCUUUGAAACCUCAAGCCUCUUUCAGAUUAGUGUUCUCCGUGAUGCAUGUGCCAAGUUCUUGGAGGAGCAACUGGAUCCUUGUAAUUGCUUAGGAAUUCAGCGUUUUGCUGACACCCAUUCACUCAAAACACUCUUCACAAAAUGCAAAACCUUUGCAUUACAGACUUUUGAGGAUGUGUCCCAGCAUGAAGAAUUUCUUGAGCUUGACAAAGAUGAACUUAUUGAUUAUAUUUGUAGUGAUGAACUUGUUAUUGGUAAAGAGGAGAUGGUUUUUGAAGCCGUCAUGCGUUGGGUCUAUCGUGCUGUUGAUCUGAGAAGACCACUGUUACACGAGCUCCUGACACAUGUGAGACUCCCUCUUUUGCAUCCCAACUACUUCGUUCAAACAGUUGAGGUGGACCAAUUGAUCCAGAAUUCUCCUGAGUGUUACCAGUUGUUGCAUGAAGCAAGACGGUACCACAUACUUGGGAACGAAAUGAUGUCCCCAAGGACUAGGCCACGCAGGUCCACUGGCUAUUCAGAGGUGAUAGUCGUUGUUGGAGGCUGUGAACGAGUUGGAGGAUUUAACCUUCCAUAUACUGAGUGCUAUGAUCCUGUAACAGGAGAAUGGAAAUCUUUGGCUAAGCUUCCAGAAUUUACCAAAUCAGAGUAUGCAGUCUGUGCUCUAAGGAAUGACAUUCUUGUUUCAGGUGGAAGAAUCAAUAGUCGUGAUGUCUGGAUUUAUAACUCACAGUUAAAUAUUUGGAUCAGAGUUGCUUCUCUAAAUAAAGGCAGAUGGCGUCACAAAAUGGCUGUCCUCCUUGGUAAAGUAUACGUUGUAGGAGGCUAUGAUGGGCAAAACAGACUUAGCAGCGUAGAGUGUUAUGAUUCCUUUUCAAAUCGAUGGACUGAAGUUGCUCCCCUUAAGGAAGCAGUGAGUUCUCCUGCAGUGACUAGCUGUGUGGGCAAAUUGUUUGUGAUUGGUGGAGGACCUGAUGAUAAUACUUGUUCUGAUAAGGUUCAAUCUUAUGAUCCAGAAACCAAUUCUUGGCUACUUCGUGCAGCUAUCCCAAUUGCCAAGAGGUGUAUAACAGCUGUUUCCUUAAACAACCUGAUCUAUGUUGCUGGUGGACUGACCAAGACAAUAUAUUGUUAUGAUCCAGUUGAAGACUACUGGAUGCAUGUACAGAAUACAUUCAGCCGACAGGAAAACUGUGGCAUGUCUGUGUGUAAUGGUAAAAUAUAUAUCCUGGGUGGAAGACGGGAAAAUGGAGAAGCCACGGACACUAUUCUCUGUUAUGAUCCUGCAACAAGUAUCAUCACAGGGGUAGCUGCAAUGCCCAGGCCAGUGUCCUAUCAUGGCUGUGUGACUAUUCAUAGAUACAAUGAGAAAUGCUUUAAGCUCUAAAGCCAGGAUACCUCACCUGAGAAGCCACACUGAUCCAAGAUGAGAGGUUUAAAAAACUCCUGAGUGGGAACUUAUCUCCUCUGUGCCAUAUUCAAAAAAUAGCAAAACCAAUAAUCCUGGUGCCUUUCUCCCCAAUAUAUCAAUCUUUCAAACUGUAAUAAAGUCUUUCCUGUAAUGGGAAAAAAAGUUGUUAAAGAUAAUUAUGGUGAUUGUUGCUUGACCUUUGGGAGUUUACCCUUGUAUUUGUAAGAAGCCUCUGUGGAGUAGGAAAUAAUGUCUGCCUGAAUGCUUUUUUAGAAAUUUGUGAAUGAUCUUUUCAUUUAUGUAUGGUUAGCUGCAAGACUGUAUAUUCCUUAUUUUGUCAUAUAUGUAAAGAAAAGUUGCAUGACUGAGGAUUCACAUUUAGGUUGAAUCACCUAAUGCUGAGAGAGCUUAGAAUGUAUUCUGAGGGGAAGAAAUCAAUUUUAAAAAUCUUUGUCACAGACUUAGCAUAUCCACACUGGUUAAUUUUAUUGAAGGUUUUUUCCCCCUCUGCAACUGAUAAAAUUGUAAUAACCACAAUUUGAGUAUCAUAAAAUACUGAAUUAUUGUGACUUAAUUCUUAAAAUUGCCAUCUUAUAUUAAACAUGUUCCCUUCCCCAGCGGCAGGGGGUGGGGCGGCAGGUUAGGUUGGAGAUACAAAUAUAAGUGCCCAUAAAAGGCAAAAUAAAAUUAUAAAUUAAUUCUUAAUAAAAAAUAACUAUUGAAGAACAAUGGGACCCACUGUCAAAGUAUUUAUGCAUCAUCUCUAAGUCCUCUCAGGAAGUCUUUUUCCUUUAACCUGACAAAGGAGUUGAAAUUCUAUUUUGCAGUAUUGCCUUAUGAAAAACAGACAAUAGGGUUUGACCUCAUUAGUAUGGUGCUUUGGGUCAGAAGCUCUUCCUUGGUUAUUCUGCUUUCUUUUGAACAGCUACAAAUCCUGAGAAUCUCUACUGUUAAAGUGCCUUUAAUAGGCUAAUGCGGGGACCACUUACUUCAGUGGGUCCAUUUUUCUUUUAAAUUUACGUCUCUGAAAAAAAUAACAGCAGUAGUUCCAGUCUUUCUGAAAUAAAUCUAUAUUGUAUAAAAUACUGAUCAGUAUUUUCAAACUUCUCUAAAACAGACUGAUUCUGUCUGGAUUUCUCAACUCCGGUUUAUAAAGCUUACCAAUUUUCAGAAAGGAAUGUCAAAUUUUUUCUAAGGCAAAUAAAUGGAUAUGGCAGGAACUACGGCCUAAGUAAUUAUUGUGAUUCCUGGAUGGACAGAUAUAAUUUACAACGUUUUAGGGAUGUACCAGGUAGCCUGCUGUAUUUUGAAUUCCCAAUCACUGUUGUCUCUCACAUUGGAAUUGCAUACUCCUUGUCAUAGUAGGGAUGAUGCAAAUACAUGAUUAUAGUGUCACCAGAUUUUUGUUAAAACCAAGGUAGUCAUCAAAAACAUAACAUUGGUAAACUUUUUUUCCCCCUCAUCCUAGACUGAUACAGACAUUUCAGAUAGAGAAACUUUAGAGCUGAGGAUCUAAUUUCUGAGGAAAACUAUAAAAAAUAUUUUUAGGGAAUUUUAUUUUUCAAGUCAACUUAAAAAUGAUAUAUAACUUUCUGUGAUAACUAUCAAAGCAAUUCAGAAAAUAAUUUAGUUGAAAAACAGUUGUAUGUACAAUUGGGAUGCUUGUACUGUAAUUUUAUAGUAAAUGUCUUCUUCAUUAUACUUUUGUAGAUAAUGGAACCUACUUAGUUCAGAAAUUCUUUAUAGUAAAUGAGAUAAUGUAUGAAAAAUUUUUUUAAAUACUUAGAAUUAUACAAAUAAUAGCUGUUAUUUUUAUGUGUAUUUGUAAGAUCUUGUCCAUACAGAGACUUCACAUAAAAAGAGACUUUCUUAGGAUAACUUUGUAUUCUAGUAUUUUUGUCUAUUGUAAAAGUAUUAACUAUUUACUUUUUUGUUUUACAUUUAUUUUUCAUAUCCCAUAUGUUUAUUGUAGUAAAUUUGAAAUGAAACCUUAACAACCAUAAUUUGUUUAAGCACAGACCUCAUACCAAUAUUGUUUAAUUUUUUCUCUACAUAAUUUUAAACUACAUAAAUUAAGUAGUUGCAAUUAAUGUUGAAGACCACCAAGUACUUAGCUCAAAUCCUAGAAAAUUAAAGUAAGUCUUUAAAGUUACAGAACUGAUAUUUUAACUUUUUAAAUUAUUUAUCUUCCUUUACUAAUUCUUGAUAAAUAAUGGUGUUAGCCUUGAUUUUCAAAAAAGUAUUUUAGGAUACAAUUAGUAUAUCAAAAGGGAUAUAUCAACCAAAUUGUUGUCAGAUUAUAUUCAUUCUGUCAUCCCAUAGUUGGCAGGUUUUUCUCCUGAUAGAUGAUGCUCGAAUGAGCCUCUGGGUUAGUAUGCAUGUGUAUACCUGUAUAUAUGUAGAUAGUAUGGUUGUGGACACACAUAUACAAACGCCCAAGAAUUUUUGCAGUUUGUGAUGAUCAGAAAAAAAAACACAUAAAGUAAAAAUUAGUUGAUCAUGUUAAAUUCAAUUCCAGAAGAUUUUUUGAUUUGGGCAUUUCUAGA